AUGGGGAAGAAAGUUAUUGCUAAAAGAGCACCGCGUGAAAAGAUUCAUAAGCUUCCUAGACCAUCAACUCGCUCUCAAAACCCCACUUUCACUCCUUCACCUUCUCCUCCUACCUCUCCUCCUCGCUCUGCUCCCAUGGCACGAACCAAGACCACGCCAAGGCACCCUGCCCCCACCAAGCCGACACCACCACCGAAGGCCACAACUUCCAAGCCAGGCUCCUCAAAACCUGGUUCUGCGAAGCCUAGCUCCUCCAAGGGCAAACGUCCAGCACCUGAGGAACCUGUUCCCGAACCAACACAACCCAAAUCCAAGUCGGUUCCUGUGCACUCUCAACGAGUGAAACAUAACAAAGGACCUACUCAAUCUGAGAGGGUGGUCUUAGAUGAUGAAGAUGAUGACUUUGUUCCUGAGGACUCUCCGUCCCUAUCCACUGAGGGUACAUCCAUCUCUAUUGGGAAGAAAUCUGCUUUACUAAAUAUGGUAAAGGAUGUUGUUCAGGAAUUCGUUUUCCAAUCAAAUCACAUGAUUGCAAUGAGCAAAGAACAAAGGAAAUUAGCUAGCAAGCAUGAGAAUUUCCUAAAGAAAUCAAGGGAAAGAGUGGCUGUGUUCAUGACCUUCAUUGAUAACCUUCAAAAGGAUGACGACACUGCCACAGAUGUUGAAGAGGAAGCUGAUUCGGAGGGGAAUGGUUCUAAUGCCUAA